AUGGCUCCCAGAAAGAAGGCAGGCAAGGGGCCCAAGGAACCCGAGGUCAAGAAGAAGAAAGGUGGGAAGAAGGAUCCCAGCCCGGCCAACAAGCCCAUGGAAACGCCCAUAAGCGAGGAGAUCCGGGAGUUCUACCACAUCCAGAUCCGCGACCUGGAGGACAGGCUGGCCCGGUACCAGCAGAAGUGGGAUGAGCUGGCUGUGCAGGAGAAGCUGUUUCGCCAGGAGUUUGAGCAGCUGGCCAACAACAAGAAGGAGAUCGUGGCCUUCCUCAAGCACACGCUCAACCAGCGGGUGGAUGAGAUCACCGACCUCAACGAGCAGCUCCAAAGCCUGCAGCUGGCCAAGGAGAUGGAGAAGGACGCCUUCGAGGCACAGCUAGCCCAGGUGCGCCACGAGUUCCAGGAGACCAAGGACCAGCUCACCACUGAGAACAUCAUCCUUGGGGGGAAGCUGGCAGCCCUGGAGGAGUUCCGGCUGCAGAAAGAGGAGCUCAUGGAGAAGUUCAUGUUGCUGGAGGACCAGCUGCGGAAGCAGGAGAACGAAUACAAGGACUACGUGCAUAACCUGGAGAAGAAGUCGGUGCUGGACAAGGACAGAUUGAAGAAGGAGAUCAUCCAGCGCGUGAACAUGGUGGCCACUGAGUUCCGCAAGGUGGCCAUGAGCCAGAUGUGGGACACGACCAAGCGGGCCAUCAUGGAGAACAACACCGUGACCCUGCAGCUGGCCAAGAUAUCCCGGCAAGGCAUGCAGCUGCUGCAGGAGAACGAGCAGCUCAGGGGCAACCAGGACAACCUGUGCAAACAGCUGGAGCUGCUGGAGAACUCCCAGAAGGUCAUGGCCAGGCACAGCAGAGGCCACAAGAAGAUCAUCCUCAUGCUGACGGAGAAGUGCCGCGAGCAGCAGCAGGGCAGGGCAGAGGCCAAGCAGCUGCGCCUCCUGCUGAGCCAGCUGGAGCAGAGCCUCAUGCAGCUGCAGAAGGACCACCAAGCACUGAGGAGCCAGAGAGAACAGCUGAACCUGCAGCUGGAGCGUCAGCAGGCCGAGGGGCAGCGGCUACAGCAGGAGCUGGCCGAAGAGCAGAAGGUUCGGGCGAGCCUGGAGACAGCCCUGGCCCAGGCCACCUCCUUCCUACAGGACAUUGUGCAGAUGCAGCCCGACGAGGAGGACGGUGACUUCGAUGUAGUGUUCCAGCUGCAGCGCAACGAGAUGCUGAAGCACCUGCUGGUCAUGCUCAGCUCGGCCAUGGCCCUGAGCCGCCAGAUGGCUGUGUACCCCCACCGGGAGAGCCAGUCCUGCGGCCCACCAAAGGAGCGGCGGUGCAGCACCCAGCCUCUCAAGACAGGGCCUCUGCUGCAGCAGCUGUCCAGCGUCACACCCUACCAGCUAGGGGGCCUGGGCCUGGUGCCUCGACGGAUCCACAUCCCACCCAACCCUGAGGACCUCAGGCUGCUCUCACAUACCACCCGUGUGGGAAACUUAUGGGCACACAGCAGCCCUGAGAUCCAUACCUCUGGUUCUCCAAAAAGGUUCAAAAAGUUUAGUCUUCCUGAAGUUUCCCUACUUUCUAAGUAGGACACAGAAGACCAACCUCCUAUCCCAAAAAUGGACUGUUCCGGCCACAGUCCCCGCUUCCGUCCACAGGCAGCCUGGGGCAGCCCAGAGAAGAGUUAUAUAAAAAACAGAUACCACAGGUUGGCGUGGCACCUCUGUGGACGUGGCUGGGUGUGUGGGC